UGCAAAAGCAAAACAUAACCGCAUUUCUUUAGAAAACUUCACGUUUCACGUUGAGGUAAAAUAUCGGUGGUUGAAAACAAAUUGCUUUAAAACUAUAAGUAAAUGGCGAAAAGCAUUCGAAGUAAGUGGAAGAGAAAAUGCAGAGCAAUCAAGCGAGUUCGUUAUGGGGAAAAGGAAUUGGAAAGAUUGAAGAAAACACUGGCGAAUGAUCCUUUAAAUCACAAAACCGAAAAGCUGGAGGAAAUAGCAAAUGUAGUAACAGCUAGUGAAAUUCAAGAUGCCGCCCAAAGUGAACAAAUGGACGUUGAUGCUACAGCAACUGCAAAAGUCAAGAAGAUCAAAUUGAAGAGAGCUAAAAGGGACGUUAAAAAGGAAGCACGGAGAAAGAUCGAGAAAAAGCGCAGGAAGAGGAAGGGAAAGAAAGGACGUAACUCAGUGUCUUUAAGUAUAGAAUAAUAAUUUUAUUACUGACCUGAAGAAAUACUUGAACAUAUUGAUAUGUUGUAUAAGUUUUCAUUUUCUUGCUAACAGUUAAAUAAAUACAUUUGCUAUUGUAAAGUUAA